AUGGCAGGGGUAGCAAAGGAGGCCGUUGUGCCUAUCGAGGCCGUUCUCCUGGGAAUGGCCAUUGUCCUUGUCUUCGCACGCUUAUGGCUUCGUCUGGUGCGACAGCAUCAGAAGCUGACUAUAAGCGAUUGGAUUCUCAUAAUUUCAUUGCUUGAUGCUUCCGCGCUGUUCGCGACCGAUACUAUGGCGUACAACCUCGGCGGAAUGGACGAAUACGAUACCGACGCCCCCGAGGCUCCCAUUGACAAGCAGAUCGUGUUGAUGAAAGUCACAUUUGCCGGAAACUACUUUUACGACACUGGAAUAUACUUCCCAAAAAUUGCGUUGCUCGCCUUCUACUUCAGACUGAUUCCGCCAACAAUGCCGAUUCUUCGGAAGGCGCUCUACGGCGUGAGCGCCCUGACGAUUUCUUUCGCAGUGACGACUUUCUUUCUGGAUACAUUCUGGUGUGGUCCUGACGUCUCUAUCAACUGGGAUAUAGAGGGAAACUGCAGUACUUAUGACUCGAAAGAUGUUUUCCGUAUCGAUUGGGCCAUGAACUUUGUGACAGAUGUGUUAAUUUUCACCAUUCCAUUCCCGCUACUCUUCGGUCUACAACUCAGCGGCAGAUACAUCAUUGGACUCGCCACCACAUUUUCGACGGGCAUCAUUACGAUAGGGGCCAGCAUUGGAAGAUUCGCUACUGUGGAAGCCAUCAACGCAUGGACGAACGUCUAUGUGCUCUCAAUGACCGAAAUCGCCGCUGCAAUCAUUGUCGUGUCUCUCCCUGCCUUGAAUCGCAGUCACAUCAAGCUGUCCUCGGGAAGGGAGCCGUAUGUGGCAACAGCGAGAGCAGUUUCUGAGGAGGACUCAGUGAGCGAGGUGGAGCUGAACAAUCUCGAUCCCGAUCGAAUGUGA